GUUAAAUAAAAGGCUGUGUGAUGUGGGGUUUAAAAACCUUUGGACGUCUGGAAGUGGCGCUAGACCUUGUGAGGCAACGGGUGGGCAAGCCCACCACUUCAAAUUCGAAUUUCAGUGGCUUGGUGGCCAGCGGCAGGUGCACAGGUGCAAGGUUCGAGACAGAGGAGGGGUCACCACUUGGCGGGGAAACUGCCUUUUUCUCUCGUUCCGGCUCUGCACUCAAAACCUGGGCUCAAUUUCUUCCUCUCCUACCGUCCCCAUUCCUUCUCACCCUUCUCCCUCCACGGCUCCAUCUCGACAUUCUUCUUGGUCGGACGACUUAUCUCCAGACAACCAGUAUCUUUUCGCAGAUUCAUCAAAAUGGCCGAACACCAGGAUGCCGACUUCGAGAUGGAGGCUGGCGGUGAUGCCGGUGCCUCCACCACCUACCCCAUGCAGUGCUCUGCUCUGCGCAAGAACGGCUUCGUCGUGAUCAAGAACCGCCCCUGCAAGAUCGUCGACAUGUCCACCUCCAAGACCGGCAAGCACGGUCACGCCAAGGUCCACUUGGUCGCCCUUGAUAUUUUCACUGGCAAGAAGCUCGAAGAUCUCUCCCCCUCCACCCACAACAUGGACGUCCCCGUCGUCAGGCGUCAGGAGUACACCCUCAUCGAUAUCUCCGAUGACGGUUUCCUCUCUCUCAUGACCGCCGACGGUGACCUCAAGGAUGACGUUAAGCUCCCUGAUGGCGAGGUCGGCGAGAAGAUCAACAAGCUCUUCAAGGAGGAGGAGAAGGACACUCUCGUCACCGUUCAGACUGCCAUGGGUGAGGAGGCUGCUAUCGAUGCCAAGGAGGGCACCAAAUAAACGUCUCUAUGACUGGGGAUGUGAUUGGUGGGAAGGGGGGAAUCCGGCCUUCGGCCAGGAAACGGCGAUUUUUGCUGUCAGCUGUCCGCUUGGACGGCGAGAUAUCUCAUAUCUACUGUGAUAUUUCUUGGGCUGGUCAUUGUCACGGGUUCUCGGUAGCGUUCUUUAUUGAUUCUAUCUGGACAAUUUUGCGGCAUGGGCGUUCGUCUUGCAUGAAAAAUGACGUCUCCUUUCUCUCGCUCUAUCCUGCAUUGUUCGUUCUGUUCGCCGCGGUGAACGUGAGCUGAGAAACUGGCCCUCGCAGGUAGUGAGGGCGCCGCCCGGU